CAAUAAGACGCAUACUGUGUAAGAGAAGAGAUCAACAGCGAUCAAGAUGAGAACAUGUAUUCACCCCGCAGCUUUCAAUUGACUGAAAAGCCUUCCAAUACAUAGUCAUUAUAUUUAUAUUUACACGCAGAUGUCGUCCAUCUAAGGUGGAUUUUCGGAAAAUUAUUUUCAUUCACUUUAGUUGCGUUUUGGAUGUCACCAUGAUCACGCGUGAUUAAUUUUUCGUAGAUUAACAGAAGAUAAACAUACAUUAGUUGUAAUAAGUGAAACGAAACGAAACGGAAAAGGAAGUUAGUAAUUACAUAGAUGUGAACACAGCUACAUACAUUCAUAUAUGGAGAAAUGUUUGUGUUUUAACUAUGCAUUUCUCUUAACAAACCACGUGUUAAUCGAAUAUAAAACCAGGAUUUUCUCAAUUAUGUUUUCCCUCAAUACGGCCAAGUAAUAAUCCACUCUGCAAAAUGUAAUUAAAUUCAAAGUGUAAAAAUAAAUUUACAUACAUAUACCGUAUAUGGUAAUUUUCACAUAAAGAGAAUCGAAUUUCACACAAAAAGCACAAACAAAAUUUAAAAUUUUCGUGAAAACUCGCAUAAGGCAAUUGUGCGCAUACACAGAAAAGUUGGUGCUAUAAAACAAGAGUACAGCACGAAUUUUGCCAAUAAUAAGCUAAAAAAAAGUAAAAUACCAAAAAUAAUUUUUAAAUACGGCUCUCUGAGCGAAAACGACAAUUGUGUGAACAUGUGAGAGCAAAGUGAAGUAUACGCCUCUAAUAUUUCUUGUUCAAUAACAUAUCAAACUUUGGUGCGAGAUGUUGCCGGAACUCCUGUUUACCGCUGCUGAUAGCAUGCAAGACGACUUUGAUUUCUUAAAUGCCGCAAAUUCAAUUUACAAAAAGGGCAUGUGUAUUUCGCCAGUAGUUCCUUUGGAACCUCAGUUAGAGUCGACAAUCGAUAGUAAUUCUAACAAUUAUAUUGGAAUUGUAGCCGCUGCAAGUUUACCUAAGGUUGCUAGAAACGAUGAUUCGAGAGUUAAGGACUUUUUUUCAAAUAAUCCCUCAACAUGGAAACAGCACAUGAAUGGGCAGCGAAACUCACAUCAUCGGUUACAAAAUGACGAACAGCGACAUCAACAUCGGUUAAAUUUAGCCACAAGCAAAUUAUUGUUACAAAACUCUGAUGAUCCUUUGAUAUGUCAUGGCGCCAACAGUGUUUGUACGGGUGAUGAUGAUAGUCAUUUGAUUAUAUCCACAGCGCAAAAUGUAGAAAAUAUACAAACGGUCAACCCAAUGUCUAUUUCGUCAACUACAAUUAAACAAAAACUUUCAUCCACCACAAGAUCUAAGCAGCAACUAAAAAAAUUACCUCAAAAUGGAUGCAGCUUAUUAACUAAACAACAGCUUAAAGUCAAAGCCGGUUUAAUGAGCAUUCAGAAUCGUGGAGCAAACGAGUUAGACAAGAGCGGACAUAUGUGUUCAGACGUCGCACAGACCAAUAACAGACCGAAUGAUCUAAAAUUAUCCAAAAAUAAAGGUGUUUUAAAGCUGCGUUUUCAUCACCAAGCACUGCCGCCAGAAUAUCUUAUUCACUAUGAAGCUACGCAGGGGCAGCUUACGUCUUACACCAAUGAAUCAAAAGAGAAAUCAUCCGAAGUUCGUUCUUUCAAAGAUGUUCAUUCUUCAAAGCAAUCCCCAGCAAAGAACGAGCAUGAGAAUGUUCGUAGCUGGUUGAAAAAGAUUGCUGCAAUCCAUCGAUCGGCUCAAGAUAUAAACAUGGAACAAAAUGAGAAAAAGCUUGGUAAACAGCAAAAAAUAUUGGAGCUUUCUAAAACUGAAGUUUAUAGUGAUACUAAAAAAAAUUUUCAAGCCAACAGAAUGCAGCCUUCAAAGCGAUUUUCUAAAGUGCCAGUCGGAAAAAAUGAGCUCAGAUUUGAACCAAAACAGUCAUAUAAUUGUGAAACAGAUCAAGUACAUUCUUUGAGGCUCAAAUGCGCAAUGAACACAUUUUCUUCAAAUGCGACAACCUGCAGCACUAUCAAUCCAGGAUCACUCAAACGAGUCAUCAACUUUUCUGAUCUACCGUAUAUGGGUGAAAUAACCCUAGACAAUUCGAAACCACGACGCGGUAGAAAACCCAAAAAAGCUGAUAUCUGCCACUUAAUAUAUAAAAACUACGGUACAAUAUUACCAGGGACCCCUAAUAAUGUACUAAAUGCAUCAAAUAUUGUAAAGGAAGAUGAUCAAAAGCAAGGCAUUACGGACGAAUUGCCAUUGAAUCUCUGCAUAAGAGAUCAGCAAUGCGAGCACUUGUCGAUUUCGAGCGCAGAAAGUGAAAAUACUUCUGGAAUGGAGGAGGUUGAAUGCAUAAAUACACUUCAUUCAGGAGUAGAAAAUUUUUUAGAAACAGAAUUAACUAAUGUAAUGCCGGGCUCUGACAUCGAAGGACCAGUUAUUCUAAGAGUCGGAUCAGAUGUGGAUACAAAUAAUUCCAAACGUUUGAUGUCCUCAUUCUCCAACCUAAAACCAACGAAACUAGCUGAAAGCCAUACAAAUGAUAUUAAUUUACAUCCAAUAAGUUUAUACUACCAGAAAUUACUUUCAGGCACCUUAGUAACCCAAUACAGCCAGCCGUUCGGUCUACCUGUGGAGACAAUAGAAAAAGAUAACCAACUAACGUUAAAAAUACCAAUACCGAAUGGGUUGAUUCGUAAGUCAAAAACCGAAAAUAGGUCUCCAACUUUAAGAUUAAACAGUCAAACCACAGAUUAUCGGGAGCUUAUGACCACGCCGUCUUCCAUUAAGUCUGAAAAUUCUAGUAUAACCACAACCACAUCAGCAAGUGUAACAACGGCUGCAACUAAUCCGAUUUUUACUCCUCAGAAGCGCAAACGAUCCGCCAUUUUUAUUCCACCAAUUCCAGCAGAUUUUACUACGAACACUCCCACAGAAGUCAGCAUAUGCAAAUUCAAAUUCACUGGUGGUGACAAACCGUCUUUAGAGGAGAAGAAAAUGCUUUCUGUAGAUUCGGGUGGUAAUUAUCGAUAUUAUAGUGGUACUGGCGAUAAAUCAACCCGUGGUUAUGAAUAUUUCCCACGUGAAAGUUUACAAAACUCUGCUGGACUCUUACCUGGAGUUAAUUGUGUAGCAACAUCACCGAACUCCGAAAACGAAUGCUCAAUGAAUGACGUUCCGCCACCAUCAGCUGAGCUUAGUAAUGAAAUUUUACAAAUUCCAGAGUCUCCGACUACAAAUUUGUUAUUACCAGCAGCUGUUUCGUUACCAGAGGUUUUAUCGUCAUUGCCAAUGUCGAGACUGGAGUCAUCGUAUUCUGGUUCUCCUACUCAAUUAACACAACAACCGCAGAAAAUUCAGAUAAUAGUUGGAUCCAACUACAUCAAUAACAUAUCCACACGAAGUACAUCCUCCAUAAAAGAUAAUCUUGAAAAUUUCAUGGUUGAACCCCUAACAUGUCACUCAAUACAUCCUAAAAAGAAAUCACGAAGAUCAACUCAACGGGAAAAACUCGAGAAAACAUUUAAAGAAAAAGGUUUUCUUAUUCAAACACAACAACUCGAAUCUGCUGAAGGAGCCACUUAUUGUAAGUUUCGACAACUGAAGAAGUUCACACGUUACUUAUUUAGAAAUUGGAAGGAUUAUCUCCCCGAUGAAGUACAUCAAUCAAAUGUAUCAAAAGAAACAUUUUUAACUCGUCAGUCUUUAACUAAGAAUGAAAUGAAAAAAGAGGAGAACACAUCAAACAACUUCAAUGAUCAGGACAUACAGAAUAUACUAGAACGUCAUGGAUUUUUAAACGGGAGUGAAGUAUGCUCACAAAACAGCGCUCUCAACAAUACAAGUUUAAUAGAUAAAAUUCUCCCUGAACAGAAAUUGGUGGAUAAUACUGCGAAAACUAAAUUAAAUAAUUAAAAUUUGAUGACAUUUGAUUUGGUAUUUUGGGGCAUAAACAGUUCAAUGACUGAAACACUUACUUUGCUUAAUAUUUGUAUACAAAUUUUAACACUGCCAAAGAAUAAUUAGAAUUUUAGAAUACUUAGAUUAGUUAAAAAAUGUAUAUACUAUACAUACACAUAUAUAAAUGUAUUAAACUAGUCAUUGAAUGAAUUUAAACAUAUACACAAACAAAUUAUUAUUAAUUUAUGGAGUUUAUGUAAAUUUGUUCACAUAUAUGUAUAUAUAAAAAACUGAUUGUAUGAGAUUAAAGAGGUAAACAUGUCAAUACUCGCAUGAAGAUAUUUUGUAAAUUCCCGUUGUUGCUAGAAUUAAAAUGAUCGAUUCGAUUUCUGUAAAUGUACGCAUUUUACUGGUUAUUACACUUUUUUUUUGAAAAACUUUAUUAACACAACAUUUAUAUAUAUAUACAUUUAGGAAUACCUAUCUCAUCCAUAUUUCACUAUUUGAUAGAUAAUAUAUAAAUAUUACAAAUGACAAACAUAAUGAACAUCAUUGAAAUAUUAGGUUUGCUAAAUAACUAUUGAGGCCACAUUCUAUGUUCAAUACUAUAUUGUUGUCUUAUCUUAUAUUCGGCUGCAUAUAAUACAAUGCAUACAAUACAUUCUAUAAAAUUUAUUUGGAAGACAUUUUAUUAUUUAUCAAAUGCCUGUGCAUAAACCAAAAACUAUUUUUAACGACACAAAACAUUAUUAAAAAUAAAAAUGCCUUAUUGAAAAUACAAAAGUUAUAAGCAUUUUAAGUCUUGUACGUAUAGCAGGGAACAAAACGCUGGAAGUUGUGGACUUGAUAAAUAUAUAAGAUUGAUAGUAAGUAACUAAACCAUGGUUAACGGUUUCUUAUACAUAUUUUAAAUAAAUAAACAAAUGUCUAAUGAAGGGAAUAUUGUGUUUAAAACAAAAUUUAAAAUAUAUUAGAAGCAAAAUAAAAGUUAAGGUCAAAAGAAGUAAUAUGCAUUUCUUUACAUAAAAUGUUUAUACUUUAUAUAGGCAUGUUCUUGUCAUGUCAUAAAAUAUUGCCCGUAAUAAUAACAACAUUUCAUUGUAUAUUAAUCCGGAUCUGUUCCUCCUAUGUUCCCUCGACUGUCGAGGGAACAUAUAUAAAAAUAUAUGCCAUUACUGACUUGUAUUCCCAGAAUAUCUUCCGGAACCACUUGAAUGGCUCAGUGAAAGUGACUUAUCUUGGUCAUUUUUGUGAA